ACCACUUUGCCCAUGAUGGCGGCGUCACUUCGCUGCAUGUGUAGCCGGUCGUUGAGGAAUGUCUGCGGGGACAUUCUGCGGAAUCGGCCCGGGACCGGCCGCAAGAGACCCGCGCUGCAAAGUUAUGAGGUAAAGGCCCACACGUCGCUGACGUGCCGGCAGCUGUCGGGGGAGAAAGGUCCAAGGACCGGCGGUCUGGCUCAGGCCAUCCUACAGGAGAAACUGCAGCAGCAGCGGGCCAGGGAGGAGGCGAGCAGCGGCGACCCGGGGGCCGGCGGCAGCGAACAGGAGCAGAAACAGAAGCAGAAGCAGAACACGGCCUACGCUAAGAAAAUGGUACUGAGGCUGGCUGGGCUGCUGGGCGCCGGGAGCGCCCUCGGAGUGGUCUACGUUUUCGGUAGUAAUUCAACAGAUGAAGCUGGAAAUAAGAUUCCAGAUGAAUUUGAUAAUGAUCCUCCUGUGGUACAGCAGUUACGAAGAACAUAUCGUUACUUCAAAGAUUACAGACAGAUGAUAAUUGAGCCCACCAGUCAGAAGCUGCUGCCAGACCCCCUUAAAGAGCCAUAUUACCAGCCACCGUAUACUCUUGUGUUAGAACUAACAGAUGUGUUACUGCACCCAGAAUGGUCGUUAGUCACAGGUUGGCGAUUUAAGAAGAGGCCAGGUAUUGAUUACCUUUUCCAACAAUUGGCACCACUGUAUGAAAUAGUUAUCUUCACCACAGAAACAGGAAUGACAGCAUAUCCGCUUAUUGACAGUGUAGAUCCCCAUGGAUUCAUCAUGUACCGUUUGUUUAGGGAUGCGACACGCUAUAUGGAAGGUCACCACGUGAAGGAUGUGUCUUGCCUGAACAGGGAUCCUUCCAAAGUCAUUAUUGUCGAUUGUAAAAAGGAAGCAUUCCGUCUCCAGCCAUUCAACGGCAUUGCACUAAAAAAAUGGGAUGGAAAUUCUGACGACCGAACCCUAUAUGAACUCGCAGCAUUCCUGAAAACAAUUGCAACAAGUGGAGUUGAAGAUAUUAGAUCUGUACUGGAGAACUAUGCUCUUGAAGAUGAUCCAAUUGAAGCGUUUAAAAAAAGGCAGGAGCUAUUAGCCCAGGAAGAAAAACAGCGAAUAACUGAUCUAUCACAGCAGAAGUCAUCUACUCUGUCCCUUGGAUCCUUGACAAGCAAACUAUGGCAGCGGUCCAAACCACAGUAACAUAAGCCUUAAUUUCCAGGCCCACUCUCUUGCUGUAUGAAGGAGUUACGUAGAGAAGCGUGGCACAUCGCUUCAAGCUGGAGGGAGCAAUAGCGUUUUCUCCCUGGGUUGUACAUAUAAUGGAAGCUAACACCAGAUGAGGUCCAGUUAAUUUUAUACUAUCCAGUGCUGGUAGUUGGCAGGAUUAGUUAUGAAAAUGGUGCAGAGAUGGAAAACUGGUAAUUAUUGCCCAUUACAUGCCUUGAUAUUGGCUACCAUGUUGGAUGUAUCAACAUCAUUUGAAUGCAAUGGAGAAGUCAGAUUUAAUCUUCUAUUAUUACUUUAUUUUGCAAUGUAGUUAAGUGAAGGAAUAGUAUUUUUUAUCCAAGUUUCAGGUUUUUUUUUUACAAGUCAGCAGAUAAAUUGUGGUAAAAGAACUCUGGGGUUGGGAAGAGGUAAAUUGAGGUGUCCUAUCAUUGUUACUGCAGUCCACCAAGUACUAAAUCUGCACAUUGGUUAAUAGGCUGCCUACAAAAUGGUAUCCACCAAAAUUUAGUUUUCUUUUUGCUUUUUUUUUGUACUAUCAAUACAGGUCUGUGUCUCGAGCAUUCUGUAAAUGAUGUGCAUAUGAAACCAAGUGUGUUCAAUGAAAUGUUUAAUAAAAUCACAAAAGCAAAAAUGGGGAAUUUUAAUUCCACAUAAAUGUGAUUAUAGUUAAAAACUGCCCUGUACUCAUGGUAGCAGCGUGACUUUGGACCUGAUCUUGUUGCGUUGAAUCAUUUUAUGGCCAAGACUGCCUAUGUUUCUGCAUAAUGAACAAUGCUUAUAUAGCGUGUGCUUCACGGAGUAAGUGAAAUUUGUUUGAGGAAUUUUCUGUAGUAAAUAACCAAUGUCACUGUUAUUAGUA